CGGGGUGAACGGGGAAGAACAAGAACAAGAACAAGAACAGAGGGGGAACCAGGGAAGGAGCGCCUUUCUCACUGAAGCUGCUUUCUGCCGGUGGCGUCACCUUGCCGUUGAAGCUGUGGUAUGAGCCUAUGUGGCAGGAAGGCACUGACGUUGCUAAGCAGCGUGUUCGCUGUAUGUGGCCUGGGCCUGCUGGGAAUCGCCGUGAGCACCGACUACUGGCUGUACCUGGAGGAGGGGGUGAUUCUUCCUCUCAAUCAAAGCAUAGACAUACAGAUGUCCCUCCACUAUGGCCUGUGGAGGGUCUGCUUCUUGGUUGGGGAAGAGAAGGGCCGGUGUUUUACCAUAGAGUAUCUGAUUCCCACUAACGUUCAGAUGACAUCUGAGUCGACUGUUAGUGUCCUCAAAAUGAUUCGUUCAGCCACACCGUUCCCUCUGGUCAGCCUCAUCUUCAUGUUCAUCGGUUUCGUGCUGAAUAACAUUGGCCACAUCCGACCACACCGAACCAUCCUGGCUUUUGUUUCUGGAAUUUUCUUCAUUUUGUCAGGUCUGUCACUGGUUGUCGGUCUGGUCUUUUACAUCUCCAACAUUAAUGAUGAAGUUUUGAACAGGACCAAAACUAAUGAGGCCUACUUCAGCUAUAAGUACGGCUGGUCGUUUGCCUUCGCUGCGCUCUCCUUUCUACUCACUGAGAUGGCAGGCGUCAUGUCAGUGCACUUGUUCAUGAAGCGUUACACAUCAGAGGAAUUGUACCGACCACAUCAGAACUUUUACCAACCACGCCUCAGCAACUGCUCCAAUUAUUCCGGCCAGUUUCUCCACCCAGAUGCCCUGGCCGGUCGAGGCCGUAGUCCUUCCGCCAUCUCUUCAGAGAACUCCUUUCAGAUGAACUCCUCCAAUUACCCAGCUCUUCUCAAGUGUCCAGAGUAUGAACAAAUGUCAUCCUCACCUUGCUGAAGGAGAUGGUAAGGGCAACGGGGGCGUCAAUAAAUCUGCCUGGAUUUUGGCAUUAAAUUCAAAUCUUGGUAAGAAACUAUUGAUUAAUUUGUCCAAAACUUCAAGUUGUAGUGCGAACAAACCCAAUGGCACAAGGUUAUAUAUAUUGCACAUGGGCAGUGACAUACAGGAUGAGCGCUGACACUGACUGGAUAUACAGUAUGGGUUUUGCACAAGAUCCCCACAGUGUUAAUGAAAAAGUUGGCCAUUGCAGAUCAGGCUUUUGACCCAUGGUUUCUUCUUCUGGUCUGUAGGUUGGUCAACCAGUGCAGACCUACGUUCAUGGCGGUUUGAGUGAACAUUUUAAGUCCUAGCUAAACUUGGUGCAUCUGAUCACAACAGAACAGAACAGUGUUAAUUAAUUAAUGUACAAUAGAGAUGUUAGUGUAAAAUCAGGGGCUAAGAUAAGACGCUAAUGUUAAUUUUACAAUAUGGAGCUCAUAGUUUAAUAAACAAAAUUAAUGUGAGUUCCAUGUUGAAUGAAAAAAAACUAAAAUAUAUCAAAAAAUAUAAAGGAUAUUACAUUUAAAUACAGUAGUUCUAGCUAUGACUAAAUUUGGACAUUAUGAAUUGCCUCUUCUUUCUACUGAGAUACAUUCAUUCCAAUAAAAUAUUAAUAUACUAACAUUAUAAAAACACUUACAACUUACAACACCUAAAUAUAUUCAAUGUAUAUUCUUUAAUGUCUAAAGUAGAAUAUUUGACAUGUACAGUACAUAUUUAACCCUCCCAUUGUCUUUCGCAUUUUUUACACAACCAGCCUCUGAAUCAGAGUAUGAGGAAAAGUUGGCAAGAGUCGUGAAGUACAGAAACUCCCACACACAAACACACACACACAGAGACACACGGACACAAAGGCAUAUUAUCAGCCACUGGGUCACCCAGACCCAAAGCACAACACGAGCGUCAAGGUAUUUAAAGUAAAUGUCAAAGUACUAAAUAGUAGCUGCUGUACUCUAGGUAGAGCAUCAAAGUUUUCCUGAGAAGAUUAACUGUUUUAUACUGUAAAAUUACAUUCUACUGUCAUUUUAGUUUCACAGGUCUGUAGUACUACAUCUAUCAGCAGGGAUACUGCCAGCUCUGUUAGUAUUUUCAUCAGGCCUCUAGAUCAGGGGUCCCCAAACCCCUGGUCCGGAGACCGAUGCAAAUCCUAAGGUCAUUUGGUACCAGGCCACAUUGGGACAGAUUGGAAAAAUGUACUUCAGUUUUACUAAUUUACUUCUUUUAAAAAGAAUCCAGUCAUAUCCCUUUAUUUUUUUCAUUUAAAGAUAAUCUGG